CAAGCGACAUCAGGUUGGGAUCCAAAAUCGACUCCGUACCCAUCUGUUCGUCGUGACGAUAUUGUGUUCUCUUAUCAAUCUGCAGCAGCGCAUGGUAAUGUUACUGUUGCUGAUCCUUACAACUAUUUGGAACAAUCACCUGCAUCUUCAAAUGAAGUUCAAACGUUUAUUGAUCAGCAACGUAGCUUUUUCAAGACUUACUCAAAGAAGUUUAAGGAUUUUGAUGCAAUCCGCGAAUCAAUCAAGGACGCAGGACACUAUGAUGAAUUGCAAUUUCCUGAAGCAUUUGGAAGCAAGGACAAUACCUUGUAUACGUAUCACUAUCGAGAACUUGGAAGUGAUAGUCGUAUCUUCUACGUUGCAACUCAAGCCGAUCUUGAACAAGCCUACAAGACCAAAUUCUCUCCACUUCCCGGUAAGAAAGUGUUGGAUGAAGCUUCGUUGGGGAAUGAUAGUAUUGCAUUUUUCCAAAACAUCUCGCCUGAUGGUAAAACAUUCUUGUAUCAUGCAAGUAAAAAGGCUGUUCCUGAGCUUGCUACGAUCUAUACCCGCGAUAUCUCAAACAUCUUCACAGACACAUCUGAGACAACUUUGAAGGACUCUCCAGAAUUCAUUACGGGUACCUCGGAUGCAUCUGAUGGAUGGACAUCAGAUAGCAAGGGAUUCUUUUACAUGCGUAACAAUGCAUCAUACGAUGACGGUACAACUUCUAUCCGAUACCACAAGCUGGGCACGCCCGUUCAAAGCGACACUGUCAUUGUGAAGCCAAACAAUGAUCCAAGUCAGACGAUGGACUUCGAAUUGAGUGACGACAAGAAAUUUAUCAUUGUAUAUGUGUAUAAUGACAAUGAUAAGGCUCGUGUGUACGUUGCUCGGUUGGAUCAACCCAUCAGCUCUAGCAUGAAAUGGACCUCAAUCGUGCCCGAAGCAACGUUACAUUUAGAAUACGUUACAAAUCUCGAAAACGAUUUCUAUUUUGUUGCUUAUUACGAUAAUGAAAGCAAUCAAGUUAUCAAGUACACCGUCGACACUAACAAAGCCCGUUCAGUUGAGAUGUUGAAAGAAUUAACAGAUAAAGCCAUUAUCGAACCUACGGUGAUCCCAGAGGACAAGAAUGCAUUGAUCGAUCAAUUUACAGUAUUUGAUACGGACAAGAUGUUCCUUGCUUAUACACAAGAUGCUAAAAGGAACUAUUACAUUUAUGAUCUUCGCACGGGUAAGCGUAUCCAGCAUGUCAUACCCGACAGUGUGGGUAGCGCAAGCUCAAUCACUUCUUUGUCAACUGGAUCGGAUAUAUUUUUAUGGUCAUGGACUUUCAAUACGCCUGGUCAGCUUUAUCAUAUCAAAUGGAAUGUCGAAAAGGGCUCAGCAACUUCCGAUCUUGUAUACCAGGCAAAGUUACAAUCGAUUGAUUCAUCACAAUUCGACAUUGAACUCAAAUGGGCUACAUCCAAAGAUUCAACCAAAAUUCCUUUUCACUUAUUUUAUCGAAAAGGCGUAAAGUUUGAUGGUACUCGUCCUGCAAUGAUCAAUUUCCACGGCGCAUUUCGAAAUAUCUUUCUUGCAUCAUACUCACCACUUUGGAUGACAUGGGUUAACGAUUACGAUGCAGUCUUUGUUCUUGCUUAUCCUCGUGGUGGUGGUGAAGUGAGAGCUGAAGCAUGGCAUCAAGCUGGUAUGCUAGGCAAUAAGCAGAAUACGAUUGACGACGUCAAUGCAAUCAUUCAGUAUUUGAUCGAUGACAAGAUUGCUGCAAAGGGUAAAGUGGUUCUCACUUCUUCGAGUUCAGGUGCAACAAAUGCUAUGGCAGUAACCAAUCAAGCUCCUGAGGGCAAUAUUGGAGCUUUAGUCUUGCAAGAACGAACAUAUGGCUAUGCCCUCUAUGACCUUUUACGAUUCAACACCGCACCAGACAGCUCGGGAUACGUUGCAGAAUAUGGCAAUCCGCAAGAUCCCCAGGCGUUCGAUUGGUUACGCAAGAUUUCACCUUUACACAAUGUCGAUAAAGCAAAAGUGUAUCCAGCUAUCUUGAUUUUUCCAGGAAAUGAUCCAGUCAAGUCUUGGUCGGCAAGAAAGAUGAUUGCUGAACUUCAAUAUGACUUACCGAAUAAUCCGAACCCUUUCUUCCUC